ACCACUGAGCUGUCAAGGAGAGCCGAGAUGAGUGCGGUUCCAAGUCCCCCGACCCUGAGGGCCCGACUGGAGACCUUCGAGUGCCACUUCACGUGGAACCUGAACAGCCACAGAAACCACCUUUUCCUUCUCAGGGACAAACUGGAGGAUAUCGGCACCGAGGACGGCAACCUCUGGCUGGGACACAUCUACAACCUGCAGGCCUACGUCCACUUCCUCCUGGCCUCUGAAGAGGAGACCCCAGGCUCCACCAUGAGCGACGCGCUGCGCUGCUUCGGCCAGGCGGGGGAGGCCUUCCGGCAGGUGAGGAACACCGUGGCAGACGAGGGUCCCUGGCUGCUGGUCAACUACGGCAACCUGGCCUGGCUGCACUACCGACGGGACGAGUGGUCCGAGAGCCUCGCGUACUUGGGCAAGGCGGAGGCACUGCUGCGAGAAUACCCGUCUUCGAUACAGGGGCAGCCCCAUCAGGAGGUCCUGGCCGAGAAAGCAUGGACCCUCAUGAACUUCGGCCAGGACGGCAAACGCAGUGCGGUGGAGCUCUUCAGGAAAGCCAUCGAGGUGGAACCAGCAUGCCCCGUGGAGUGGACCACCAGCCACGCGUUGGCCUUGGCGUUUUCUUCUCCUCCAGACGACUCGUCACCAGAGCAGGAGGCGGACGUCUUGGAGACCCUGAGACGCGCCGUUGAAGGCGAUCCAGACAACUUGUACGUGGCUACGGUGUACCUCGAGAGACGCGCCAUGACCGACAGCAGAGGGAUCGCAGAGCGAGCCCGUGAGCUGACCAAGGAGGUGCUAAAAAGGUCCCAGACCAGCUACAGCGGGAUCCGACCCCUGCUGAGAGUCUACAGACUGCACGUGUCCCUGGAUGAGGCCAUCGACGUGGCGAACGAGGCUCUAGAGAGGCAUCCGACCAAACGGCAUCUCAAAUUCGGCCUGGCGAGCUGCUACAAGUGGAAGAUCUUCUCAGACGGGGACACUCCCUUGAUCGAGGGCCUGAGGAGACGAGCCAUCGGUCUCUAUGAGGAGCUGUGCAGCCUGUAUCCUCAUUCUUUCCUAUUGGAGAAGAUCGCCCUGGCGAGUUUGUACGCACAGUCAAGCAAUCAUGACAACACGGAGGCUGACAAGAUAUAUAAGGAGUUGUUGGAAAUCGAUUUAGAGCCAGCCCAGCGGCAAAUACUUUACAACAAAUAUGCGAAAUUCCUCAACUUCAUCCUUCAAGACCGACAGGGGUCAAUAGAGUAUCACAUGAAGGCAGCCGAAAUACUGCAUUCCUCCUGGUUUCGGAGAAACAGCAGAGACGUGCUGACCAAGAUUAAGAAUAGAAGGAUGAACCGAAUGUGUGGAGAAAUUGAGGACUUUCUGGCCCAACUACCCUUAUAGCUCAGCACACAAUAAAAAGAAAAUCACAUGUUACCUAAUUAGACAAAAUCCUUUAUUUAUUAAAAAUGGCACCAACUUUCAGAUGUCUUUCAGUGUUGAAAUCCAACAUGCAUUGAAAGAAUUGUUACAAAGCACAUACUUUGUAAUCACAGACUAUUAUUUUUAUACAAGGGGAAGUAUAAAUAGGAGUUUUAUUUAAGACUAAAAAUAAUAAUACUAUUAGGCAAAUGAAUAUUCAUAUUGCCUCUUAUCUCAAUUGUUUUAUCAUUUGUGUUAUCACAAAGUAAUCAUACUGUCCAAAGGCCAGGGGAGUAGUACAUGGACUGAAAUGGGUGGGUAUCCUUCACUUCCACUUACCGUUUGCUAUCUGGUCAAAGUUCCUUACAAACGUGACACGAUUUGGAAUGGCAUUUUCCGCUUUUAUUUUGAAGUCUCAAUAAGAAUGAAAAAAGACACAGAACACGCUAAAUUAAAAUAAUACGUAGAAAGACAGAAUGGACUAGUCGUUUCCUCUUCGGCUCUUCUUGUGACUUUUCUUUGAACUCCUGGUAUGAAAAACAGAGGUUGGAUUUAGUCAUUUAAUCAAUGUUACAGUUUGGGCUUUUUGUUGGUUGGUUAUUUAGACACGUUUAUUGCAGAGAAAUGAACAGUGAUGAAUAAACAAACAGUGGUAUCCUGAUUCUUCUGUAUAAUUGUUCAUAUAUACAAAAAUAUCACACACAAUUAUUUUAUGCAUGCAGCAAAUUCAGACUGCUCAGUUUAGCCUCACCUCUCUGGAGACUUUGAGUGACU